AUGGGCUACUUUGGACUCACCGGACACGCCUUGAGCGUCCUUCAAAUUGCCUUGAUUGUCUGUCCAGCAUUCAUUCUCUUCGGUUACAAUCAAGCCGGAUUAGGCGGACUGUUGACGACCCAAGACUGGACGAAGACGUUUCCCGAGAUUGACACCGUCCAUACAACCGGCAGUGAGAAGAAGCAAAAGUCGACACUCCAGGGCUUUGUGGUUGCAACAUUCACCAUUGGAGCUCUUUGCGGCGCUCUUUCCUGCUCAUGGACGGGCGAUAAAUUCGGGCGACGAAACGUUAUCUUCGCUGCCGGUAUUUGUACGCUCAUCGGCGAAGCUCUCGAAUGUUCCGCCUUUAGCUUGGCACAACUCAUCGUGGGCCGUGUCAUCGUCGGACUCGGCAUUGGUCAGCUUAGCUCCAUCGUUCCGGUGUGGCAGAGUGAGACAAGUGGUGCAAAGAAUCGUGGACGGCAUGUUGUCUUAGAUGGCCUCUUCAUCUGCGUCGGUUAUGUCCUCGAAAGCUGGAUCAACCUUGGCUUCUGGGAGUUCAAGUCUGGCCCGAUUACGUGGAGACCAUCAAUUGCAAUUGGUGUUGCAUUUUCACUCGUCCUCAUCAUCUCCAUUUACUUCCUCCCGGAGUCACCGCGCUGGCUUGUGUUGAAAAACCGCAGCCAAGACGCCCGAGAAGUCGUCGCCGCUCUCAGAGGCUUUCCUGUCGACUCGAUGGAGGUUCAUGCAGAGGUCACUGGCAUUGAGCACUCUUUGGAAGAAACGAGCAAGGGCGGCGUCAAAAUGAGCGAUAUGCUGAAAAUGGGUGAGGAUAAGCUCUUGUACCGCUUCGGGCUGUGCAUGAUGCUCCAAUUUUACCAACAGAUGUCGGGCUCAAACCUCAUCUCAGUCUACGCAACAAUCUUGUUCCAAGAGAACCUAGGAAUGGGCACCGAAAUGUCACGCGUUCUAUCCGGAGGAGCUUUGACUUGGAAGUUUCUAUCGUCUUUCCUUGGGUUCGUCUGCAUUGAUCGUUUUGGUCGCCGAGCUGUAUUCAUCAUCAGCGGUGUUGGGAUGUCCUCUUGCAUGGUCGCCCUUGCAAUCAGCACUUCCUUCCCAAAGGAAAACAAAGCAGCCCAAAUAGCUGCCGGCUGCUUCAUCUACCUGUACAAUACGUUUGUGCCCAUUGGGUUCUUGGGCGCCAAUUUUCUCUAUGCCACUGAGAUUGCGCCGAUCAAGUUACGGAUGGCUAUGUCAUCUCUGUCCACAGCUAACCACUGGCUAUGGAACUUUGUCGUCGUCAUGGUUACACCUGUGGCAAUCAGGAGUAUCGGGUACCGGUAUUACAUCGUGUAUGCCGUCAUAGCUGCUUGUAUUCCCGUGUCGGUUUACUUCCUAUUCCCUGAGACUAUGGGACGAAACUUGGAAGAGAUAGACAUGAUGUUCAGAGAAUCUCCGUCUGUCCUGGGAACCGUCCGCUUCGCAAGAAAUCGCCCGAUUGCGAUGCCCCAAGAAUUCGAUCAUGAAAAGGUGGGAGAUGAGGCAGACUACGUGGAAACCAGGGAGGAAGUUCGGCCAUGA